AUGCCUCAAAGAGAUGUCAUUUCUUGGAACACCAUGCUCUCCGGGUAUCGCAACGCUAACAACCCGGAGAAAGUGUAUAGAUACUUUCUACAUAUGAACAGAUAUGGAGAACACAGACCCAAUGAGCUCACUUUCGCGGUAGCGAUUAGUUCCUUCUUGCAUAUAGAUUUCAAGCAUUUGAUCCCUCAGCUUCACGGUCUCGUGCUUUGUCUCGGGAUAAGUCUCAAUGUCUUUGUAGGAUCAGCAUUGAUGAGGGGUUAUGUUGAUUUGGAAGAUUACAAAGGUUUAGCUCGAGUUUUUGAUGAGAUUUUGGACAAAGAUGUUACGCCCUGGAAUGUGUUGAUUUUGGGUUACAUGAAAUUUGGGUGCACAAGUGAGGCUCAGACGGCUUUUGAUAUGAUGCCUAGGAGAAAUUUUUUCACUUGGAGUACUUUGAUCAAUGGGUACAUUGAGAACAAGAAGCUUAAUGAAGCUCGGUACGUUUUUGAUAAGAUGAGUGAGAAAGAUGUGGUUUCUUGGACAGCAAUGAUAAGAGGGUAUGUGCAAUAUGGAGACUUUAUGAAGGCUUUGGAAUUGUUUAAGUUGAUGUUGAACUCAGGAACUAGUCGUCCUAAUCAUUUUACGUUUUCAACUGUUUUAGAUGCCUGUGCAGGCCACUCUGCUGUUCUCGUGGGUAAUCAAGUUCACACGUGCAUCUUAAAGUCAGGUUUCCCUCUUGAUGUCGUUUUGUUAACCUCCCUUGUUGACAUGUACGCAAAAUGUGGAGACAUUGAAGUUGCUUUCUACAUUUUCAAGUCAAUCCAUGUGAAGAAUUUGGUAGCUUGGAAUUCGAUCAUUGGAGGUUAUGCGAGACACGGGCUUGCAGAGAGGGCAAUUCAGGAGUUUGAGAGGAUGGUGAAGAGUGGUAUCAGGCCCGAUGAAAUUACUUUUAUUAAUUUGGUAUAUGCAUGUGGCCACGGUGGACUAGUCGAGGAAGGUGAGAGAAUUUUCAAAUCGAUGGUAACAGAUUACGGAUUGAAAGCAGAAAUGGAACACUAUGCAUGUAUGGUGGACUUGUAUGGAAAGGCAGGUCAGCUUGAGAAAGCAGAAAAAUUGAUCGAGGGGAUGCCUUUUAAGCCUGAUGUGGUUGUAUGGGGGGCAUUAUUGGGAGCCUGUGGCAUGCAUUCAUGUAUAGAGCUCGGAGAGAUUGCAGCAAAUGGAAUCUACACAUUGGAGAAUGACCAUCCUGCAGUAUACUCGGUGCUCUCUAAAAUCUAUGGUGAAAAAGGAAUGUGCACUGACAUAACUGGUUUGGAUAAGUUGAUGAAGAAAUGGCGUGCUAUGAAGCAGAAGGCUGGUAGUUGGAUUGAAUGA